AUGACAAGUCUGACUGGCACCCCGGCGUGUCUUCAGCUCUAGUCUCCGCAAGUGGGUUACAGUAUAAUAGCCUCUGAAGUGUCGUUACACGUUGUCUCUCAAUCCAGGGCUGUCGCGAUGAGUGAGCCUCGCAAACCGAAAGUUUGGCAACGUUUCAACUGCUUGCACGUGGACACUUAGACUCACGUGACUUGACCGGCAGCAUUCACUUCACCGUCGAGUAAAACCCUAAUCUUGUAAGUCGCCAGGCUCACGUGGAAAGAAGAGUUAAGGACGGCGCUGCGAUCUGCUUUGCCAUCUCUCUUACACCAGGCAACUUGCCUGUUGGCAUCAGCAUUACCUCCCGUGCUGCGCUACACUCACUCGACCGCCAUGUCAUCUACAAUGUCGCCGGAACAUCUUGACGCCGAAGCCGACGACUUCUGCUACGCUUAUUCAGUAACGUCAGUAGCACCUAACUUUCCAACGAACAUAACAUCACCAUCGCUAUCUCUUCACCGGAGCUAUUCAGGCCACGACUCAGCCAUAUUCAACCACGGAUGUUUAAACAACAGUCUGGCAGGCACUAAAACCCAAUCUUUGAUGGUUUAUACUCAAAUCCAACACGGCGCUGCCCCCAAGUCGGAUGAUGUUGUAGGACAGUACCUCGCCCAACGAGCAGCACUGGCAAAUAUCAUGGAAGGCCUCCAGGCUCCAGGAUGGAAUUACGUCAAUGUAUCUGCGGGGUACAAUGCUCUGGACCAGCCAAAAAGAGUGAACUAUGACUCAUAUGCAAGUGAGCAGCCGUUCCAACGACGGUAUCCCGAUCUGGAAGGCAUUCGCCACCUUCACACUCUACACAGCUUGCUGCCCCACAUUCAGCCUGUGCGGAAACUGAACGCUCUAAGCAGCCUUGAACUCGACAUAAUUGAAGUCCAGACUGAUAAUAUUUUCUGUCGCGCAGUACCAAAGAAAAUGCUUGUCCUCUUCCUUGGGCGCGAUGUCGUUCGCAAAUUCCUCCACACGGUCCAGCGUGAAAACAACGAAGCCUGGUUGGGGAUACCCACCCAACAAAUCUUUCGCGUACCACAAAAUAUUGCUAGUUCAGCUGCAAUCACUAUCCUGGUGUCCUGGAUGUUACGAGCAUGCAAGUUUGCCACCAUGCAUGCCAUGGAGCCGAUCCGCAUACCGAACAAUCUACUCGCCGCCUGUUCGCUUGCUCGUACCAUGGAAGCAUUUGGCUUGCACAAAGAUGCGAGCCGUGUGGAUAUCUCCAUAUCUCAACAGUUUCUCAGGCGACCGUUGUAUGCGGUCGAGAUAGAGACGCUGUGGAGAUGCCUUGGCGAGACUAGCAAGUAUGUGUAUGGGUGCGUUAAGGCUUUCAGCACCCAGUCGCGGAACCCAAAGAUGAGUGAAGAAUUUCGGAUUCUUGCUGAAAGAUGUCCGAGAUUGCAUGCGAGGAUUCGUGACCCCGCCCUGAAUGAGGAGUAUAGACCUCAGUUUGGAAGGAAGUGGUUCCAGAAGCUGACAAACGAGAAUGCCCAACACGUUCAGAUAGGCAUUUCGGGACUUGGGGUACGAACAGACAAUGACGCAGAUACACGUUCAUGGCAUAGUUGUGCUGAACGUACUCAGGCCCUUGAGAUACACACAAGAAGCGUGAGAGCACUGAACCCGUGCGCGUCUGACUUCUGGCCCAUGGGUACAGAGUGCUGAUGGGCACUGAACUGUAGUUGCCGGUAUAAUCAUACCUGGUACAUUUCCCUUGCAGAAACAGCGAGCGUUUGGUCGGGCUAAAUCGGUCACUUAUCAAUUUUGCUUACAGAGGGUGGCCAGUUUUGCGCUCAUUCCGAGAACGGGUUGGUCUUGGCUAUCGUCA